AAUUCUGUGACCGGAAAAGUAAUGCACGUGGGAGCUCUCAUAGAAUCAUUUAGGUUGGAAAAGACCUUUAAGAUCAUCGAGUCCAACCAAUGAUCCUCCUCCCUCUGUGUGUUGGAGUUCAUCCAUAAAAUGUGCUUUCCUGGAAGCUAGUUUGCAUCCUUGAAAUACCACUCUGAGCUCUUCCUUAACACAGAAUCUUUGUGGUGCAGUUGCUUCACAGUCACCUCAGCUUGGACCAUGAGUGCUGGACAAGCUACCCCUUCCCUGGCAGCCUGCUGCUGCAGAUGAUAGCUGCCAGAGGGUUUGGCUUUGGUUACACUGGGACAACUUGCGGAUUUUGAUCUAACUGAGUGUGGCAGCAAAUGCUGCUGUUCCUGAGGAGUGCCAGCGGCUUAAGUGGGUGAGAUGAAUGCAGUACAGUGCACAUCCUGCUUGUAGUGAAAUAGAUGAGACCUGAAAAUGCAAGUUUUUUGCAGAUAGCACUGAACACUACAGCAUCUGAGGCCCUAUGCAGAUAUGCAGGAGCUUACUAUCUGUGCUCACAGAGCCUGUACCUCCAGGAAUGGAGGACUAAAGGGUCUUUGAGGGUGAACUGUCCUCUCAUUCUGUUCCUCUUCCAAGAAUGUCACAGAGCCAGGAGAGUGCCCUGCUGAGUGCAGGUAGCAGCACUGCUGCUGGGAGCAGUGAAGCUGCAACAAGGUGGGGUGGCUCUGCUGGGACUAGCCAUGGGGCCGCUGGCAUGUGGCUUAUGCUGCUAAGGGAUUUUGUCUUUGCAGAGCUUCCUGAGAGCUGGGCGGAUAUGCAGGAGCCACUGCUUGAGGGGAUGUGCUUCACACUCAAGUAUCUAGGCAUGACGCUGGUAGAAAAACCCAAAGGAGAAGACAUGGCUGCUGCUGCCAUCCGCAGGAUCGUUGCCACGGCACGGGUGGGAGCUCGCAAGUUCCAGAAGGUGAUUCUGACAGUGUCUCCGAGGGGCAUCUCGCUGCAGGAUGCAGACACAAAGGAGAUGGUUGAGAACAUCUCCAUCUACAGGAUCUCCUACUGCACAACAGACAAGCUGCAGAACAAAGUCUUUGCUUAUGUGGCCCAAAGCCAGGAGAGCGGGGCACUGGAGUGCCAUGCCUUCCUCUCGCCCAAGAAGAAGAUUGCCCAGGCUGUGACUCUGACCGUGGCCCAGGCCUUCCAGAUGGCACUGGAUCUCUGGGAAGCAGCACAUGCAGGCUCUAGGCAGGAACAGCCCCUUCACCCUUCAUGUGUCUUGGAGAGCAGUGAGCCCAGCAGACCAAGAGGAGGAAGAGGAGGAGGAAGAUGAUAAUGUCGGUGAAACCUUAUCUGGCAGGCCUUGCUUGGGGUAUGAUGAGUGCUCUGUUCUCUUCCAAAGCAGCAUGGAGGAGCUGGGGAGAGGAGCCCACAGCUCAGCAG